AGGAAAUUUGACAGUCACUAUAGCCAGUCUGCACUCUUCAGACUGGGCAGAGAUAUUUCGCAACACUUAUCUGCAUCAAUCCAGCCUGAGUGUUUAUAAUGUGAUUGUGUGCUUCUUGAUUUCAUCACACACGCUAUUUAUCAGCAAUACUCUCCCUCGUCCAAAAUCAUGGGGUUUCUCACUGAGACUUACUGGAUAGACCUCUUGGUGUUUGUUAUCUUCAUUUUACUUGUGAUUUACUUCUAUUUAAAUAUCAACUAUGGUUACUGGGACAAAAGAGGAGUGCCAAAUCUAAAAAAAGGAGGACUGAUCAUGAACCAGAUCACAGGGAAACAGACACAAUCCGAAACUGUAAAAGAGUGGUACAACCAGUUUCAAGGAGAAAAGUACUUUGGGUUUAUCCAGCUUACAAAACCAAUGCUGAUGGUCAGAGAUUUGGAUUUGAUCAAUCAGAUUAUGGUGAAGGACUUCAAUCAUUUCCAAGACAGAGGGCAGCCCGAGAACAAAAAUGAUCCGAUAACUAACAACCUGUUUGGCAUGAGAGGACAAAUGUGGCGAGAGAUGCGAUACAAACUCACCCCGACGUUCACUACUGGUAAACUGAAGGGAAUGUUCGAUCAGGUGACUCAAUGUGGAGGAAACAUGAUCUCAAGAAUUGACGAGCAGAUUUCAAAAGAAAAUCCUGAGUUGAAUUGCAAAGAUUUCCUCUUUGAAUACACAGCUGAUGUGAUUGCCAGUUGUGCUUUUGGAAUCCAGUUUGAGCCAAACUCACCCGAGUUCAACGACUUUAAGUCGAUUGUGCAAAGUGUUUUUCAACCUUCUGCGUGGUCCUUGGUGAAAAUUUUAGUCGGCUUUACGUUCCCUAAACUAGCAGAAAGCUUGAAUAUUCGCCCUUUCAUGGCAAAGAGAAAUGUAGAUUACUUUAAGGGCUUGAUAAGUGAAGCGGCCAAGUACCGCAAAGAAAACAACCUCAAGAGAAACGACUAUUUACAGCUUUUGCUGACCCUGAAGGAACAGGAGGACAAAGGAGAACUGAGUCACUCCGUACUGAUGACCAAUGACACAACAGAAGAUGACGAAGUGAUACUGGAACAAAUGAAAUACUCGGGCGACCAUGAAAAACCACUCGCCACGAAUGUCAAGUUGUUCACAGAUGAUACCGUCUGUGCCAACAGUGUUAUUUUCCUGAUAGCUGGGUCGGAAUCUACUUCCUCUUCCAUUAGUCUAACAUUGUACCAGCUGGCUUUACACUUGGAUAUCCAACAAAGGCUGCAGAAAGAGAUAGACACAGUGCUAUCCAACCACAAAGGACAAUGGUCCUACCAGGCCAUGAAAGAGAUGACAUACUUGGAUCAAGUUGUACAAGAGUCACAGAGGAUGUAUCCCAUCAUACCCUUGCUGCAGCGAGAGUGUACCAAGACCUACAAGGUACCUGACAGUGACCUGGUCAUAGAGAAGGGAGUCAUCGUCACCAUCCCUGUAGCAGGUCUGCACCUUGACCCUCAGCACUACCCAGACCCGGAAACAUUCAACCCAGAUCGCUUCGAAGGCAACAACUUCAAACCCAACCCAGCUUUCUUGCCAUUCGGCGAUGGCCCUAGGAUAUGUAUUGCCAUGAGGUUCGCAGUUAUGGAGGUAAAGGUCUCGGUGGCAAGGAUCAUGGCUAACUUCAUAGUCACGAUGAGUCCCAAGACACAUGUUCCACUCAAGCUGGAUCCACGAUCCUUUGUUCCCUUACCCAAGGGAGGAAUGUGGCUCAAGUUCGAAAAGAGGCAAAAAGCUUAAUGUUCUAUUAGUUGUCAAAACCCAAUAAUAGCUUUAAUAUAUGUGCAAGUUUAAAAUAGUAAUUAGGAAAGUGACAAAAGGACAAAGGCUUAAUACAUAUAUAACAUAAUCCACAAAGUUUAGACGUAUUUGGUGUUUAAUAUAAAUGAAUAUGAAUGGGAUGGAUAAUGCUAAAACUUAGAAAUGUAUUUGACCACAUAUGAAAUCGUAUUAGAACAUUUGACGGCUUGACACUCAAAGUAACCUCUUUAUGAAUUUUAUGAUGUGUUUUCAUAAAAAAAUACAAACAUGGUAGGUUAAAUGUAGUUUGUAUGCUAUUCCCAAAAAUUUACUCUUUAAAUUCUACUAUGAUUUUAGUUUGAAACAGGAGUACUCAGAUUCAUCUCAUAGAGGGGUUAAAAAAUUAUACUAUCGCCUCUUCAAAAAUAAUUCCUAAAUAUACGAGAAUACAUUCUCUGAAUUAUAUUUUGAUUAGUCAAUGUUCAUUAUGAUGGUAAUGUUAAAAUAUAAUAAUUUAUUUUUAAAAAUGACUUUCUAUAAAUUAAGACUGCAGAUCCCCAACAGGUUAAAAAAAUCUCCUAGUACAAUAGACCAUCAUCGUUAACUUAUAUUGAUUUUUGAGAAUGAAUGUAACUAAAGAUGAGUAAAUAAUUUAGCAGGGUUCAAGUGCACUACCUACACUACUCAAAGUAUGUAUCACCCAGUGUAUACCAUAGUAUUUAGUAUGAAACUAAUACCACCAGCGGGGGAGCGAGCUGGUCUAGUGAUUAGAGUGUCGUACUUCAGUCCCGGGUUCAAAUCCCGCCAAAUCACCAAUGGAUUUUAUCUAAGUGAUAGUGCUGCAACCCAUAGGUCUAGCCUGAAGUACUGUAAUGUGAAAAUCAAUCCUGGGCUUGUGCCUAACAUCCUAGGAAAAAAUUAUGAAACUAAUAAAAAAUGUGAUUGAAAACAGCUUAUCUUAAUACCGUAGUGAUUUUAAUAAUAAGUAGUAUAGUUUUUGUUGCUUAAAUUUGUAUCAAUGUUAUAUAUAUUUUUUGCCAACAAAUAAAAUCUAGAGUAUUGUUAAUAUUU